AUGACAGAAGUUCCUGUGCUUUUUAUUCAAAUUGUUCGAGGUUUAAAUGAUAGAGUUUAUGAAAAGCGGAAGACCGCAGCAUUAGAAAUUGAAAAAGCUAUUGUUAGAAAACUUGUUCAAGAUUUUACUUAUUCUACGAAUAAUUAUGCAAAGAGUGGUGGAUUGAUUGGUUUGGCUGCAACAUCUAUAGCAUUAGGAAUUGAUGUAGCUACAUAUCUAGACGAAAUAGUUCCACCAGUUUUAUCGUGUUUUGCUGAUCAAGAUUCACGUGUAAGAUAUUACGCAUGUGAAAGUAUGUAUAAUAUUGCAAAAGUAUCCAAAGGUGAAAUUUUAAUAUAUUUCAAUGAAGUUUUUGAUGCCAUGAGCAAGUUGGCAGCUGAUACAGAUCCUUCUGUUAAAAAUGGAGCAGAAUUGUUAGAUAGAUUGAUCAAAGAUCUUGUUGCGGAACAUGCGAUAACAUAUGUUUCUUCUUUUGCUGUUCAUCCUUUUACAACAGUCAACACUACUGAUUCAACACCGGAUAUUACAUCUAUUCCUCAAACAACUGCAUUCUCAUUGCCAAAAUUCAUUCCAUUACUUUCAGAACGCAUACAUGUAAUGGAUCCUUUCACGCGCAACUUUUUAGUUUCGUGGAUAAAAGUGUUAGAUUCGAUUCCUGAUUUGGAAUUGGUUUCCUUUCUUCCUGAUUUUUUGAAUGGUCUACUGCAAUUUUUAAGUGAUCCAAAUAAAGAUAUAAGGUAUGCGACAUCUAACAUCCUAGCAAAUUUUUUGGCUGAAAUCUGUGAUGCUGCUACAAUUAAUGAACAACAAAAAAAAUAUGCUAUUAAAAAAUAUUAUAUUGAGCAACAAAAACAAUUAACUGCUACUAUUUCUGAAGUUACUACAACCAAUGAGGCAGGCGAUGAUGGCUUAAUUGGUGGUGGUGAUUAUGGUGACGGUGAUGUUUCCCAUAAUGCUAUUAGUAAAUUAUUAUUAGUUGAUGAUAAUGGUAAUUUAAAAUGGGAUUUCGAUGAUGCAGAAGGUAGAGGAAAAGGAUCUUGGGUCCCGGGCCAAGGUGUUGUCAUUGAUUACACUAGAAUAGUACAAAUUUUGAUGCCACAUUUAUCUUCACACGGUCAUAAUAAUAAUAAAGAUUUACAAGUAAUAAAAAAACUAUCCUUCAUUCAAGAACAUGAUGAUCCAUUUGAUUAUCAAGCAACUGUUGAUGCAUUAGUACAUCAAUUUCUUGAUGAUCAUGAAGAAACUAGAAUUGCAAGCUUUGAUUGGCUUUUAAUGCUACAUAAAAAAGCACCUAAAAAGGUUGUAAAACGUGACCUUCAACUCCUUGCUCAAUUGUCAUCCAGUUCUGAAGAUGAAUAUUUUACACGAUUUAUGAUUGAUUUAUUAAAAUUAUUCAGUACCGAUCGUAAAUUAUUAGAAAACAGAGGUAGUUUAAUUAUUCGUCAUUUGUGUUUAAGUCUUGACUCUGAAAGAAUUUAUAGAAGUUUUGCGGAAAUUUUGGAAAAGGAAGAGGAUAUAGAAUUCGCUUCUAGUAUGGUCCAAAAUCUUAAUAGUAUCCUUAUAACUUCACCUGAGCUUUCUGAUCUUCGGAAAAGACUUAAAAAUUUAGAAACAAAAGAUGGCCAACUAUUAUUCACUGCUUUAUACAAAUCGUGGUGUCAUAAUCCAGUUGCCACUUUUUCGCUGUGUUUAUUGGCACAAGCUUAUGAGCAUGCAGCAAAUCUUUUACAAAGCUUUGCACCUACAAAUGAUACCAAACGUGCUACUACCACCAAGGGGUCAUCGUCAUCGUCAAAAGAUGAAGGAAUAAAAUUUCAAGAAUUAUUAAAUCAUUUUAGAGCAGUGCAAAAUAAACAUGAGAAAACAAGACAAAGUAAAUUCCUUUUACUGAGUAGUCAAUCAAGUCGAUCCCGUAGAUCUCGUGAUAAAUCAACUUAUUAUUCAACAUCAUCGUUGACAACAAAUCCUUUAAAGAAUACACCAAAUUCUAAUGGCAGGAAUACAACAACAUCAUCAUCCACAUCUAAUAAUAAAACUACCGGAACAGCAUCGUCUCAUCAUAAUCAACCAAGAAGACGACUUAGUUCUUCUAGUGCAAAUAGUGAUCACGGUCAUUAUGGCAAUAACAUAAAUUCAUCAUUAUCUACCGCUACUGCAAUUAGUAUUCCAGAAUUAAAAGAUGCGAAAUUCUAA